AUGACCCCCGAACAAGACGACGCCGUUCUCCCCGAGGCCGGCGGGGACCUCUCCUCCUCCUCGCAAGACGACGAGGAAGAAGACGACGUCGUUGACGAGGACGACGAUGACGACGUCGACGACGACGAUGACGUCAUCAACUCCGCCUCCCCUUCCUCCACCUCCAAUUCCGCUCUCCCCGUCGCCAUCGCCACCCCCACCGCCACCGCUCCUCCCGCCGUCACCGUCGCCCUUCCCGCUCCGCCGUUGACGAGCGCGGCGGCGGCGACGGCGGUGGUGGUUCCGGAGGGGCUGUUGGAUCCGAAGCGGCCGCGGACGAUUCAUUACGACCCGGUUUUGCUUCCCGCCGCGCCGGAGGAGAAGAAGCCGGUGGCGGUGGUCGACGAGAGGAGGCUGUUCCAGCGGCUGUGGACGGACGACGACGAGAUCGAGUUGCUCCAGGGGUUUCUGGACUACACGACGCAGAGAGGGAACAAGGGAGGAGGAGGAGGAGGAGGCUCGCAUCAAAACGACACCGCUUUGUUCUACGAUCAGAUCAAGUCGAAGCUCCAGCUGGAAUUCAACAAGAACCAGCUGGUGGAGAAGCUGCGGCGGCUGAAGAAGAAGUACCGGAAUGUUCUGAACAAAAUCGCCAGCGGCAAAGAGGUCAGCUUCAAGAGCCCUCAUGAUCAGGCGACUUUUGAGAUCUCUAGGAAGAUAUGGAGUAACAUCGGCGGUGUAGGAGCUGGCGGCGCCGACGACAACGCUCUCGACGACGAAGACCCCAACCCUAACCCUAACAAUCCCAAUUUCAACCAUUUCGAGGUCAAGACCGAAGACGCUCCGGCCGGAUUCCAGAAGUCCACGCCGAGAUCGCGGAAGCGCCAGCGGCCGCCGGCGCAGCCGAAAACGCCGAGUCUUGCCGAGCCGGUGGCGGUGCCGGUGAUUAAGGAGAAUCAUCACAAUGUGAACAAUGGCGGUGUUGGUGUUGGUGGUGGGAGUAAUUGCGGGAAUUGUAAUGUUCAGGGGAUGAUUGAGGAGACGGUGAAGAGUUGUAUGUCGCCUCUGUUUCGGCAGUUGAUGAGCAAUUCGAUGGGUGGAGGGCAGACUAGAGGGUUCGGAGGGCUGUCGUUGAAUCCGAUUCCGCUGACCUUUGGCGGGCCUUCGAUAAAUUUGAAUUUUGGGGGUGGGGAGGCGGCGGAUGAGCAGUGGAGGAAGCAGCAGAUUUUGGAGUUGGAGGUGUAUUCGAAGCGAUUGGAGUUGGUGCAGAAUCAGAUAAAAGUGGCAUUGGAUGAGUUGAAGUCCACCGGAGGAGGCUGAUAUUGGUCGAAAGGCAGCGUAGUAAGUUUGAAUUUUUGUUCAUAUAAAUUGCAGCACAGUAGCUGGAAUCCGCAGUUUCAAGUUUUCUUUUUUGGUUAUCUUUGCUGAUUUGAUAGAACAUUGAAUAAUGAGUGCUGAUGAUUGUUUUAGUCUUUGAUAGUUUUGUUCAUAGUCUUUAGAGGUGUAGAUAAUUGAUGAAAUAAUCUAUAGAUGAGAAAGUUUUCCUUUCUUUCCUAUACACUGAUGUACAUGGAUUUUAUUUUGACAGAAAUUGAUCCGAGUGUUGGGUCUGAUGUUUAAAAAAAAAAAAACAAAAAAAC